AUGAACAUACACUGCCUAUAUACACCAUACAACCUACAGACAUACAAUCUCAAUAUUCUACAUCCUAAUCAAAAAGCUAACAGACAAUUCCAACCAGACAAUAAACCCCCUCCACUACCCCAUCCCCGCCACGAUUCCCCUCAUACCCCACAGCCCCAACCCCAAUGCGCCCUCCUCACCCGCCUCUCCCCCGAACUGCGCCUAAUAAUCUGGGAAAUGGCCCUAGGCGGCCGACGACUACACAUCAUCCAACACAGCGGCCAGCGUCUCGGCCAUGUUAUUUGUCCACUGGGACAUGACCACAGUGCUAGCACUGGCAGUGGUACUGGGCCUGGAGCGGAGUCCGGAUCUCGGCCGAGGCUAGACUCUUAUAAUAAGCUUGCCCGGGGCACGGGGCAGCCGUUUUGUGAGAUCUGUCAUGGUGCGGGGGUUGCGCAGCCUGUUAAAGAGGGUGAUUCGUGGGGUGUUGGGUGUGAUGGGUUGCUUGGGUUGGUGUUGACGUGUCGGCAAAUAUUCUCCGAGUCUAUUCACCUCCUCUACGCUACGAAUACCUUUGAAUUCAGUAUCCCCUGGUCACUACCAUACUUACAACCUACAAUUCCAUCAGAAUACUGGGAAUGUAUUCGAGCUGUGGAGCUACGCUGGUCAUUCCCAGGGCAUUGGUUACCGACUAAAGAUCCCGUGCGCGCCAUAUACGUCUCCGCGGGCCGGGCCCAGUGGCUAGAGACGUGUCGUUCAUUGAAGCAAUUACCGGCGCUGAGGUCAUUCGUUCUCGUGCUGGGUAGUAGCUGGUUCAGUGAGCCAGUGGAAAAGCUACCAGUGUUUCUAGAGCCGUUAUGUGGGUUACAUGUUAUACAGGGGAAAAGAAAAACUGCACUGGUGCGAGAGAAGGUGGACAUGGGAAUGGAUCUGAUGGAUUGGAGGAAGGGAAGUGGGAGUAGUUCUAGUUCAGAUGAGGAGAUGAGCUCGAGGGUGAGUUUCGAGUCGAGUUCUUCGUCGCGAUUGACGGGGAGUUCGGCUUCGAGCCUUCGGUCUGAAGGGUCAGCUUGUUCUUUUUUUGAUUCUGGAUUGACGCGGUUGAUGGAUAGCAAGGAUGACACUGACAGGGAUGUUGAUACUGAUUUGGCUACGUGGGAGCUUCGACUACAGGGUCAGUCGUACUAUUCUCAUGAGGUGGGCCAGAUUGGGGAUGAUCUGUGGCGGAGGGGGGUUGACUGUUGGAUCUCGACGGUGUGA